GCACCGCGCAGGCGCAGCGCACACAAGAGCUGCGUCGCGCCACUGCCUUUCCUCUCUCCCGGCGCCAAGAUGGCGGAGUACGACCUGACCACCAGGAUCGCGCACUUCUUGGACCGGCACUUGGUCUUCCCGCUGCUGGAAUUCCUCUCCGUCAAGGAGAUAUACAAUGAAAAAGAACUGCUCCAAGGAAAACUGGAUCUCCUUAGUGAUACCAACAUGGUGGAUUUUGCUAUGGAUGUGUACAAAAAUCUUUAUUCCGAUGAAAUUCCUCAUGCCUUGCGUGAGAAAAGAACAACUGUUGUUGCGCAGCUGAAGCAGCUUCAAGCUGAAACAGAACCUAUUGUCAAGAUGUUUGAGGAUCCAGAGACUACGAGGCAAAUGCAGUCCACUAGAGAUGGUCGGAUGCUGUUUGACUAUUUAGCUGAGAAGCAUGGGUUUAGGCAGGAGUAUCUAGAUACACUGUACAGGUAUGCAAAAUUCCAGUAUGAGUGUGGUAACUACUCAGGAGCUGCAGAAUAUCUCUACUUCUUUAGGGUUCUGGUUCCAGCAACAGACAGAAAUGCUUUGAGCUCUCUGUGGGGAAAACUGGCAUCUGAAAUCCUGAUGCAGAAUUGGGAUGCAGCUAUGGAAGAUCUCACAAGACUAAAGGAGACAAUAGAUAAUAAUUCUGUCAGCUCUCCACUGCAGUCUCUUCAGCAAAGAACAUGGCUCAUCCACUGGUCUUUGUUCGUGUUUUUUAAUCAUCCUAAAGGGAGAGACAACAUCAUUGACCUUUUUCUCUAUCAGCCACAGUAUCUCAAUGCAAUUCAGACAAUGUGCCCACAUAUCCUCAGAUAUUUGACUACUGCAGUCAUAACAAAUAAGGAUGUUCGUAAGCGUAGACAAGUGCUGAAAGAUCUAGUCAAGGUUAUUCAGCAGGAAUCCUACACGUACAGGGACCCUAUCACAGAAUUUGUGGAAUGCUUGUAUGUUAACUUUGAUUUUGAUGGAGCGCAGAAGAAGCUGAGAGAGUGUGAAACAGUGCUUGUGAAUGAUUUCUUCUUAGUGGCGUGCCUUGAGGACUUCAUUGAGAACGCCCGUCUCUUUAUAUUUGAGACUUUCUGUCGCAUCCAUCAGUGCAUCAGCAUUGGUAUGUUGGCAGAUAAACUGAAUAUGACUCCUGAAGAAGCAGAAAGAUGGAUUGUCAAUCUAAUUCGAAAUGCACGAUUAGAUGCCAAAUUGGAUUCAAAGCUGGGCCAUGUAGUCAUGGGCAACAAUGCAGUCUCACCUUAUCAACAAGUGAUUGAAAAGACCAAAAGCCUGUCUUUUCGUAGUCAGAUGUUGGCUAUGAACAUUGAGAAGAAACUGAAUCAGAGUGGUAGAUCUGAGGCACCUAACUGGGCUACUCAGGACUCUGGAUUCUAUUGAAACACGUCUGCAGUGGGGACAAAUGUUUAUUUGACUAAAAAGCACAUAAACAUGUAACCGUUUUGAGAAAAGUAAUUAUGUGUUAGAGCUAAUGUUAUUUGAAUAAAAUUGGCUACUUUUAUCA